AAAUAAAAGAAAGCAAACCUUCCUGGUGACACUCAGUAAAGUCUGCGUGCAGCACAGGCAGCUUGCCUUAGGCAAGGACCAGAGACCCCCGCUGCUGAGUGGAGAGGCUAAGCUGAAGAACCCGGGAGGUGCCCAGCAAAGCCAUGAUAUUGCUGAGGAAAUGUCAGAGUCCUCAGAGGGGCUUGUGGAACAUCUUCAAGCUAUGGGUCUGGACGGUGCUCUAUUGCGAUUUCAUGGGGCGUCAUGGAACCGACUGCUGGACUUAUCAUUAUUCUGAAAUGCCCAUGAACUGGGCAAAGGCUAGAAGGUUCUGCCAAGAAAAUUACACGGAUUUAAUUGCCAUACAAAACAAGCGGGAAAUUGAGUACCUGGAGAAUAUGCUUCCCUUCAAAAGUACUUACUACUGGAUAGGAAUCCGGAAGAUAGGUGGGGUAUGGACUUGGGUGGGAACCAACAAGUCUCUCACUGAAGAAGCGGAGAACUGGGGAGACGGGGAGCCAAACAACAAGAAGUCCAAGGAGGACUGUGUGGAGAUCUAUAUCAAGAGGCCCAAAGACGCAGGAAAGUGGAAUGAUGAUGCCUGCUACAAGCAAAAGACAGCCCUCUGUUACACAGCUUCUUGCCUGCCCUGGUCAUGCAGUGGCCACGGGGAAUGUGUGGAAAACAUCAAUAAUUACACCUGCAACUGCAAUAUGGGGUACUAUGGGCCCCAGUGUCAGUUUGUGGUUCAGUGUAAGCCUUUGAAGGCCCCAGAGCUUGGUACCAUGGCCUGUACUCACCCUUUGGGAGGCUUCAGCUUCAGUUCACAGUGUGCCUUCAAUUGCUCUGAGGGAACAGACUUAAUUGGGAUUGAAGAAACCACUUGUGGAGCAUUUGGAAACUGGUCAUCUCUGGAACCAUCCUGUCAAGUGAUUCAGUGUGAGCCGCUAGCAGAACCUGAUUGGGGGACCAUGGACUGUAGUCAUGCCUUGGCUAACUUCAGCUUUAACUCCACAUGCACCUUCAGCUGCUCAGAGGGAACUAAGUUAAUUGGGGAGAAAGAAACUGUUUGUGGAUCAUCUGGAAUCUGGUCCAGCCCUAGUCCAAUAUGUCAAAAAUCAGACAGGAGUUUCUCAGUGAUCAAGGAGGGCAACUAUAACCCCUUCUUCAUUCCAGUGGCAGUCAUGGUUACUGCAUUCUCUGGGUUGGCAUUUAUUAUUUGGCUGGCAAGGCGACUGAAAAAAGACAAGAAGUCUCGGCAAAGCAUGAAUGAUCCAUAUUAAAUGACCAUCUGUGAAAGAAAAUUCUUGGGAUACUAAAGAGCCAUUGGAUCCUUCAAAUCCCUCCAUGAAAAGUUUCACAUGACGGUGUCUCCUACAUUGAAGAUGAAGUGUAUUUCCUUCAGUACAUCUAGAAAGAUUUCUACUUGACCAGCAGCUCUUUCUACUCCCAUUUUGCCCCUCAUCACCCCUCCCUCCAGCUCACAGGUGUGGUUUAUAUAGCUUAGUCUUUUAUUUUCUUUCACGUGGAGAAACAAAUAAAGCCACAGGGGAAAAAUAUUACUGUGAAAUAUAAAGAUGUCCAGUUGUGCUCUC